GUGGCUUCCGCUAGUAGGUGCGGUGCCUCAAUGUCAUCGUACGUCAUCCACAGGGUGUUCUGAUCCGUCGUGUCCCGCCGUAGCCCGUCGCGUGCUCCGCGGGCUUUUCAGGGCUCUUGAGCCAUGGAGACCGGUGAAAGGCCGGAGCCUUUAGACAAGGAAGCCAUCGAAGGACAGCUGCGGCUUAUGGCGAACUGCUUUGGCGCGGUCCACGGAGGUCUUGGUACCUUGCUGGUCUACUCCACCACUUUGUUUUCCGAGCAGUGCGGCUCUACUGCCAAUGGCUUUUUCUAUGUCUCGACCUGGCCGGGUUCCAUGUUCCUGGCGGUGCCGCUGCUUUCAGUCCUAGGCCGCCAAGGAUGCUUGCUCUACUCCUUUAGCAGCUACGUUCUGUAUGCGAUCCUGUUUUGCACUGCGCGGGCCCUGCAGACGGGAGAUGUCGAAAAGGAGAGCUGCUUGAGCGCGGGCCCGGUGUUGCUAUGCAGCGCUUCAGUGGUGGCAGGUUUAGCUGCUGGUGUGAUGUGGACGAGUCAGGGAUCGUACUUUGCGCAUGCCUCGGCGCUGUUGGCCUCCGGAACGGAAGACCCGGAGGCGAAGACUCGAGAAGCCAACGCGUGGCUUUCAGGAGUCUUCGCGCUGCGCUACUUGGGCUGGGAGUUUGCCUUGAAGUUGCUCACUUCCCUGAUCCAGUAUUUCAAGCAGGAUGAUGCCUCCAUCCUUGUGCUGAUAGUCAUUGCCGCUCUUGCGACAGUCGUCUUCGCCCGUAGCGACCCACUGCCCCGGGAGGAGCCCACGUCGCAGGGCCCAGCCCUUGACAAAUUCCGGGCAGCCAUUUCCCUGUGGUCUGAUGUCGUGAUUUGGCUGCUGAGCCCUACGAAUUUGGCGUUUGGCUUCGGAGCAGCUUUCAUGAAUGGCUACUUCAAUGCGGAAGUCUCUGCGGGAAUUGCAGGGACAGCCUCCAUUGGUGCCCUGGCGGCGGUGACCGUGGCCUCGGCGGCACUGGGCUCCUGGUGCUUCGGUAGCUAUGGCCAGAAGCACGGCUUGAUCUUGCCCAUGGCCCUUGGAUCUUUGGCCAUGCUUGCGACCAUGUACUUCGGUUUGAGUGAGAUGAAGGGAUUGAGCGCUGCCUGGCUCUUCCUGCCGUACCUCCUUUGGGGCUUUGGCCGAGGAAGUUAUGAGUCGGUGAAUCGCGCAGCAUUAGCGGAUUUCUACCGUGGGAAAAAGAUCGAUGCGGCCUUCGCCAAUUUCACCUUCCAGCAGUGCAUGGCCUCGGCGAUCGCCUUCUUCGUGAAUCGUGCGAAGGUGUCUGUGACAGUCACCACCAUUAUGGCGUUGCUCAUCAUGCCCUGCUACGUCUUGGUGAUGCAAAGGUGUUCGGGCGAGCAAAGGCCCGUGCUCCAGGUGGGGGCUCAUUGUGUAACAAGCGUCGAAAGAACGACCUAUCAAUCGAAGCAUGGAAGAGUCGUAAGAGCAAGUUGUGCUUCUUUCAACGAUUUUUCACGGUGUAAAUGUGUGGGUGCUUUCUGAACGUGGUUGCACAUGGGCGUCGGUGAAAUAAAUUCUCACUGACCUGGCAAGGAUCCUCGCACCUCUGCAAAUUGAAUCAAAUGGAAUGAUGCAAUGAACAUCACAAAGUACAUCAAAAUACGGCUUUAUUAUGCUUGACAAAGCAUUGGAUUUUUGACCAAACUACAUGUUUUGCGAUAACUGUUCGGGAAAUGCCCACCGUGGUACUGAAGCGUUUCUUGGAAAUAUAUUGAAGGUCACUAUUAUGAGAACAUAUGUUGGAUAUGUUUGAUAGUCGAAUCAUACCACAUAACUAUACAUAUAUAUAUAUAACUAUAUAAUUAUGUAUAAUUGAGACGCUAAGCCUCAGGACCUUUGCUUUUACAAAGACUUGGAUUUGCAUGGAGCGAAGAAAGACUUGCUCUGAUUUUCUGUGGCACUUAUCUUACAAUACUCUCUCGGAGCUCAACUCAUGGGAGAAAUGCCAUACUCAUUCAAACCAAAUUCGGUGUUAUCUGUGUUUUAUGCCUGUUUGCCUCCGGUAUUGAGCUGUAUUUAGAAACCGCCUGCUUAAUACAUUAAAGAUCCUUAAAGUUUGCCUGGCUUGAGGAUGUCUAGCUGCCUGGAACAGAACAUUUCGGUCCAGUCAGUGCAUGGACCAACGCCUUUCGGUGCAGAGCUUCUUCAGAAGGAGGCAUGUUUGGAAUUCAUUCACCGUUGUCCAAGCGCUGAGAGCUGGAACUCUCCGAGUUUUGGCGACAAUGACGACAAACGCAUGUUCACCAUCCAGGUCGUGUCACACGGGGGUCUUCCCCCCCUGGAGUUGCUCUGUGCCCACCUAACUUGCUUCACUUGAGAAAUUGGCAACCGACCUCUUGAGUGCUAGCACAAAAUCCUCAUUGACGCACCGCGAAGCCUUCACACUUUCGCCCUGAGCUUAACAUUAAGUGUGAAGUUGCAAUGACAAUACUAAGCCAGGUCAAUCUCCCGAUUUUACCUUUCGGUUGUUGUCCCUGUCGACACUUCUUGGCUCAAGAAACUUGGACCCACGAACGUGGGAGCUUCGUUUCUUCUGAAGAUACUUUAGGGAUUCCGUGGCCGUCGAGCAGAAUGGUCGC